CGUUUGUUUACGUUUCUGUUUCUGAUGCUUUUCGAUUAUCCUGGACUCCUACGGAACAUUGGAUACCGAAGUGAUGGCCAUUUUCAAUCUGAACCAGUUCCCCGACGUUUGUCGGUUGUGCGUGCAAUCGAAACCCCGCGAUGAGAUGAUAUUUAUCGAGACGACCACUCUGGAGAACAGCAAUUGCAAUCUACUGGUGCUUUUAAACGAAUUAACUUUUGAGGUUUCGAAGAAUGUAUCCGGACUUCUACCGAAUGUGAUAUGCCCGGCGUGUUUUGCCGUGUUCGAGUUUGUUUCGCAGUAUCAGCAGAAAAUGAAGCUUUUGACCAAGUUCCUUGUUGCUCUUGCCCACCUCAAAUCAGGGAAUGAAUCUGUUAUUGUUGAACUAUUCACUACAGAUUCCACCGCAAUUACUGGUCUUAUAAAGGAGCUUAGUCUUUGUAACAAGGACGAAGUGAGAGUAGAAGACCUACUAGCUGAAUUUAGAUCAAAUAACGUCGAACCGAUUGCAGAAAUAAAAAUUGAAGACAGUAAAGUUACUUCGACUUUAUUGGAAAGUAAGAACGAAUAUGUGGAAUAUUACAACGUCGAAUAUAUAGAAGACGAUACACAGCAAAAGAUUAGCCAUGAAAGUAAACAGCAAGAUGAAUCAUUGACUGAGUUUCUUGAUGAAAUUGUCGAAGAGACUGAAGAAUCGAUAGCAGAGCAAAGCGAGGUUACACUGAAUCAUCCCAGACUACCACCAAAAACUAAACCGAAAAUAAGAAUGCUGCAAUGUCGCUACUGUACGUAUCGUACGACAUCUAAGAACAUGUUCCAGAAUCACGUGGAUCGACACGAGAAACCAGAUGACGAUAAUCCGUGGAAGUGUUCGUUUGCUAAGUGCAACGCGGUUUAUCCCACCAAAGAAGAUUUGUUGAAACACAAAAAAGAGAUUCAUUCCAAAUAUGUAUGUGACAUUUGUGGCAUGGUAUUGAAGCACAAAUAUACGUUGGAAGUGCAUUUGCGAAGACAUACGGGAGAGAGCAAAUAUCCGUGUCAGUACUGUUCGACUUCUUACUUUACCUCCAACGAACUGAAGCUGCAUAUGACGGUGGUGCACCUUAGCGUUACAGAUUUCCACUGCAAUGUAUGCGGGUUAGCGUUUAAGAGCAAAAAAUCUCUGGCUCUUCACGAAAAAACUCAUUCGGGAUUGCGAGGAUUUAAAUGCGAUGAAUGUACAAUGUCAUUCAAAACCUCUGCACAUCUCCGGCGUCAUCACAAUACCGUUCACCGAGCGAUCAAAUUCUGCUGUACGAUGUGCCCUACAAGCUAUGGCCGUAAAGACAAACUUAGGAUGCACAUUGAGAAGGCUCACAAUAUUCAAACCUACUUUCCAUGUGACAUUUGUAUGAAGUCGUUCACGUCUGCAGAAGAUUUAAGUGAACAUGAACAGCACCACAGGCACCCAAGAGACCUGGAAUGCGCCAUUUGUCUCGUGGCAUUUACCAGUCGAAAGGAAUUUGACGAUCAUCUUUGCAUUACUUACCGCAGUGAUUACAUUUGCUGCAAUCGUGACUUCAAGUACCACCUGCACUACAAUAGACAUAUGUUUCUGGUUCAUGGUCUCAAAACAAAUGUUCGUGUUAAACCGGCCGCCGAUCAGUUGCUAGGAGCGGCCAGGGCUGCUCGCAAACAGGUGGAACGAUGCACAAACUGCGAGCAGAUAUUUGCAACGAGAAAGAUGAAGAAAGAGCACAUGGCAGUCUGUGCGAUAGUUCAAUUUCCAGGAUCAUCCAUUUUAUCACGGGACACUAAAAUGAACGAAGAUGGUGUGAUGCAGGAGAAUAGUGAAGCUCGUGUGACAAGUGUUGCACUUUCCUAUCCGGAUGUGCAAUCUGAUCUACAGCAUUUAACGGUAAAAAUGGAGUAAAUGGAAUUACUCUGGCGUUGUACAGAUUGUACAACGCAUACAUUGUAUAUUAAUAGCUAAUAAAUUUGAA